GCGAGCAACUAUCACUUCCCCACCCCUCUUCUCCUUCCUCUCCGAACCUCACUCGUCUGCGUUUUCAAUUCGUCUCCAUAAUUUCUUCCUCUUCUCUCACUGUCGCAGUCGCAGAUUUGAUUUCUUUAGAUUCUCCAUCCCUCUUCUGCGGAACAAUCUGGGGGUGUAGUUAGCAAGAGGCUGCUGGCUUUGGGAUAUACACCAUGCUAGGUUCAUUGCCCAUACUACCUCUCCCGGCUCCUCCGCUCGAUGGAAAUCUCGGUCCUCUUCCCGAUUCUCAGGUUACCGAGGAGAGGAGGGAUGAGAGGCCCUCUGAUGAGGAGCAGAGAGCUUCUGCUCCGCCGCCCGCGACUGUCGCGACACACACUAGAACCAUUGGGAUAAUUCAUCCCCCUCCGGAUAUCAGGACUAUUGUAGAUAAAACCUCGCAGUUCGUGGCUAAAAAUGGUCCCGAAUUCGAGAAGAGGAUUAUUGCGAAUAACACAGGGAAUGCCAAGUUUAAUUUCCUGAACGCGUCGGAUCCUUAUCACGCGUACUACCAGCAUCGCUUGGCUGAAUUUCGUUCCCAGAAUCAGUCUUCUGCACAGGAGUCUGGAGACGACUCGGUCGUUCCUGAAUCAACCCCGUCUGCACCAGCCCCUGAUGGUAAUGGUGUUGUGGAAGCAGCGGAGAAGCCGGAUAUUUCUGCCCAGUUUAGACCGGUGAGGAAAGUGCUUGAGCCACCUGAGGCUGAGCAGUACACGGUUAGGCUUCCUGAAGGAAUAACAGGGGAAGAGCUGGACAUUAUAAAGCUUACAGCACAGUUUGUGGCUCGAAAUGGGAAAUCAUUUUUGACAGGAUUGACUAGUAGGGAAGUUAAUAAUGCCCAAUUCCAUUUCUUGAAACCAACUCACAGCAUGUUUACAUUUUUUACUUCGCUUGCGGAUGCGUAUUCAAAGGUUUUGAUGCCUCAGAAGGGUUUGACAGAGAAGCUUAGGAAGAGUGUCCCUGACAUGACUACUAUCCUUGAAAGGUGUGUAAACAGGCUGGAAUGGGAGCGUUCACAGGAGCAAGCUAGGCAAAAGGCUGAGGAUGAGAUCGAGCAGGAAAGAAUACAAAUGGCUAUGAUUGAUUGGCAUGAUUUUGUGGUGGUUGAAACAAUAGAUUUUGCUGACGAUGAGGAUGAAGAAUUACCGGCUCCAAUGACCCUUGAGGAGGUGAUAAGGAGAAGCAAGGUGUCGUCAGCCAUGGAUGAAGAUUUUGUUGAGCCUGGAAAGGACAUGGAAAUUGAUAUGGAUGAGGAAGAGACCCGGCUUGUUGAAGAGGGCAUGAGAGCUGCUAGUUUGGAAGACAAUGGUGAUGGGAAGAAGAACGAAAUUAAGGUUACUGAAGACCCUGAACCACCAAUGAGGAUUGUGAAGAACUGGAAGAGACCAGAGGACAGAGUUCCCGCAGAAAGAGAUCCAACCAAGUUUGUUGUUUCUCCUAUCACUGGUGAGCUGAUUCCUAUUAGUGAAAUGUCAGAACAUAUACGAAUUUCUCUCAUUGAUCCUAAAUACAAAGAACAAAAAGAAAGGAUGUUUGCCAAAAUUCGAGAAACAACUCUGGCUCAGGAUGAUGAAAUCUCAAGAAACAUUGUUGGACUAGCAAGGACUCGUCCUGAUAUCUUUGGUACUACGGAGGAAGAGGUUUCCAAUGCUGUCAAGGCAGAAAUUGAGAAGAAAAAUGAUGAGCAACCUAAGCAGGUUAUAUGGGAUGGUCACACGGGAAGUAUUGGCCGUACUGCAAACCAAGCCAUGUCACAGAGUAUUGGGAGUGAGGAUCAAAAUGAGGCCAGGAACCUUCCUGGUCCUGCUGCACCUCCUCCAAGACCUGGUAUGCCUUCAAUUCGUCCUCUUCCACCACCACCUGGACUAGCAUUGAAUCUUCCUCGUGUUCCUCCCAACUUUCAGUAUUCUGCUCAGCAUAGUGCCGGCCUUCCAAUGCCUCCUCCAAGACCACCAGUCAUUCCCAUGAUUCCAUCUGUCCGGCCUGCUCCCCCUCCUCCAAUGCAAAUGACGUCUGGACAGCAGUCUGUUAUGGCUGGUCAACAACCUCCAAUGGCUCCAUCAAUUUCUAUGAAUGGCCAACCAAUGCACAUACCUCCACCACCUGGAUCUCAGUUCACUCCUGUUCCGAGGCCUUAUAAUCCUAUGUCUCAUCCACCACCAAUGAUGCCUAUGAAUAUGAUGCAUCCACCUCCCAUGCCUCAAGGAAUGCCACCACCACCGCCUGAGGAAGCUCCUCCCCCACUUCCAGAGGAACCAGAACCAAAGAAGCAAAAGCUUGAUGAUUCUUCUCUGAUCCCAGAAGAUCAAUUUCUGGCCCAACAUCCCGGACCUGUUCGCAUCAGUAUAUCUGUUCCUAAUGUUGAUGAAGGAAAUCUCAAAGGACAAGUUCUGGAAAUAACUGUGCAAUCGCUGACUGAAACUGUUGCCAGUCUGAAGGAAAAAAUUGCCGGGGAAAUCCAGCUCCCUGCUAACAAGCAGAAAUUGAGUGGAAAGCCAGGCUUUUUUAAGGAUAAUUUGUCACUUGCUCAUUACAACGUCAGUGGAGGAGAGACACUUGCCCUGUCCUUAAGAGAGCGUGGUGGUAGAAAGAGAUGAGCAUAUUACUUGCAUUGCCAUUCAAGAAGAUUUUGGCACACCUUGGCGCAUGUCUCCUGAGGGGAAUGGGAAGUAGUGGAGUUCCUUUACCUAAUCUGAUCCAGUCAAACAUUUACGUCACUGAUUAUUGUUCUCUCUUGCUAAGUUACUUAUUUGUUUUUUAAUUGAAUCUCCUUUGCUGUCAGGGAGGAAUCAUUUACUUUUUCUGACUUUUUCUUAGUGUUUAGCUUUUGUCUUAUAUUGGGUAUGUUCUUACAAGUGGUCGUUUCAAUUGCCGGCAUAUGCACCUUUAACUGGUGUAUCUUGUUUGGGUUUUGGUCAUGAGACGUUGUUUUAGUUUGUUGUUAUCCUUAACCUAGACAAGUAGUUGUUGGGAUGCUUAUUGUAUUUUGAUUAUGCUGUUUUAUCAUAACAGAAUUUCUACUUGGACUUGUGGGAA